AUGCAAAUAUCAGCAAUCAGGCCGCACCGCCGUUAUAUAGUGCUUCUUCUUACUGUGGUUCUGUGUGUGUUGUUGUACUCCGCAGCUACUUAUACACCCAGAGUGGACGAAAAUGCAAGAAUACGAAAGAUUCUCAAUGACGCCAACCCAGCAUCAGAAGUUGACCCUGACACUAUUUUACAGCGGCUUCAGAAUGGCCCGCCCUCGGCAAGCGCGUCCCCAUUAUCAGUGACUUCCGCUCCCUCCACAAGGGAACACGUCAAGAAUAAGCCCAAAAAUAAGAAGCCCAAAGUUUCUCUUGAAGAAUUUGAAGAAAGCCGGGCUCGGGUCAUAAAUGCCAUAUUCAAACUCAUUGCCUCCGUCCGACCAGCAGUCUCCUACACAGACAGACGAUCCAAUAGGGGCGACGACUCUCCACUAUCUCAUAGCGUGCUCACUGAAGAUCUUUUAUCCCAGUUUUUGCAGUUUUCUCCCGAGUUUGUUGACGCUUUCAAAUCAAGCCAUGCAGAUAUAGUCGAGAAAAUCUACGGCAUCAAGUUCCCACAGGGUCUCUACAAGGGAAACGGUGUGGUGAUGAUCGGAGGCGACGACUACUCUUGGCUCACGUUAGUGUCAAUCAAAGUCAUGAGAGACUCUGGUGGAGAUCUGCCCGUCGAGGUGAUCAUGCCCCGUCGUCUCGAGUCAGACUCUCUGUUUUGCAAUAAGUACCUUCCCGAGUUGAAUGCCAAAUGCGUCUAUUUGACCGACUUGCUCGGCGAAAACUAUGAAUCUGAGAUCAACAUCAAUAAAUACCAGUACAAGGGAGUUGCCUUACUGGCGUCGUCAUUCGAGAACCUUUUGCUUCUGGACAGCGACAACAUGCCAGUCGUCCCGAUCACAGAUCAGCUGUUCAACAGCACACCUUUCUCUGAGUACGGGAUGGUGUUCUGGCCCGAUUUUUGGAAAAGAACCACCAGUCCUGUCUUCUACGAGAUAGCAGCAACAGAGGUCUUACCGGUGCGUGUCAGGGACUGUCAAGUAGACUACCCUAAGUCUCAAUAUUCAACUUUGCGUCCCAAGGAUGCCAGAACACAAAUUCCUUACCACGACAGAUUGGGCGCCAUUCCUGACAAGAGUACCGAAUCGGGCCAGUUGCUUAUCUCUAAACGAGAACAUGCCGACGUGGUGCUGCUCUCGCUGUACUAUAACGCUUAUGGCCCAGAUGGCUACUAUGCUCUUCUUUCCCAGGGAGUGGCUGGUGAAGGAGAUAAAGACACGUUCCCGGCAGCUGCUACCGUUCUGGAAAAGAACUUCUACCAACUCAAGAAGAAUGUUGGUGUCAACGGAUUCAUGCGCAAUGGAGAGUAUCGUGGAGUUGGAAUGCUUCAAUAUGACCCAAUAAAUGACUACGAGAAUUACCGGGAGUUCGUGAGACUCCACGAGAGCUCGGACGAGAUGUUUGAAGCCCAGAACAUGGACGAUUUUCUGGGUCCUGAGGAGAAAAACAAAGUCAUGUUUGCACACUGCAACUUCCCAAAACUCUAUCCUGAUGAACUGUUGGAGGAUUUCGUCAUCAGAAAUCACGAACAUAUCAAAAUGCUGGAAUCGAGCCAGAUCCCUGGCAACUACGAGUACCACUUCUGGCAGAUCAUGUACGACCUUAUUUGCGUCGAUCGGGUAGAUCUGACGUAUACUCGCAACAAGAAGCAGAUGAGUACUACAGAAGAGCGUGCCAAGUUCUGUGACGGUCCCUUUAAAGAGCACGUUGAGUGGCUCAAAACGCGUUGA